AUGUCUCCCAACCUAGAGAUGCGUUGGCAAGACCAGGAGGUGGUCAAGGAGAAUGGCCAGUGGGUUGUUCGAGGACGACCGAUUCCCGCUGUGAGCCCAGCUUUCCAGCAGAACCCUUCCAACAUCCCCGACCACUACUAUCUCGGCUUGAAGGUCACGGCGCCCGUCAAUGCAGCCACCCCGCCUCACACCCACGGCGGCGCGGCCGUGGUUGCCACAAUGAUCAAAGGCAAAAUGCUGAAUCAAAUGGUCUGUCCCGACCACGAUCCGAACUCACAGGGGACGGGGCCGAAGAUCUACUCGGUUGGGGAGAGUUGGUAUGAGCCACCUGGCUGCCACCACGUGCGCUCCGAGAAUGCUGGUGACGAGGAGGCGGAGUUUCUUGCCGUGUUUGUGGUCAGUAAAGAGCAAAUUGACAAGGAAGGAUUGGCCAGUAUUGUCGUGAUCGAUGCUGAGGUCGAAGAGAGAAAGCGUGCCGGCCUGUAG